CCAAGGCUCAUCCUGUGUCUCCCGGGGAACGGUGACGUCAGCGCGGCGUGUGACGUCAGCGUAGGCAGCGGGACCCAGAGACUGGCAGACUACGAGGUUCUUCGGCACGCCCGGCUCGAUACCUGCGCGCGCAGCCGACCCCACCCGCAGAGACGGGCGGGGCCUCUGGCCUCAUAAUAAGGCUGUCCCCGCCCUCGUGUCCCAACCUGUCCCGCGACCGGAAAUAGAAGCCGUGGCUUCCGGAUCCUCGCUUACCAUUGGAGGCUGCGGUUUGGUCCGGUUGGGUAGUGUUAGUGCCUUCUUGUUAUGGCCGCGGCCGUCGCUAUGGAGACAGAUGAUGCUGGAAAUCGACUUCGGUUUCAGUUGGAGUUGGAAUUUGUGCAAUGUUUAGCCAACCCAAAUUAUCUUAAUUUUCUUGCCCAAAGAGGUUACUUCAAAGACAAAGCUUUUGUUAAUUAUCUUAAGUAUUUGCUUUACUGGAAAGAACCAGAAUAUGCCAAGUAUCUAAAGUACCCUCAGUGUUUACACAUGUUAGAACUGCUCCAAUAUGAACACUUUCGAAAGGAGCUGGUGAAUGCUCAAUGUGCGAAAUUCAUUGAUGAACAGCAGAUUCUACAUUGGCAGCACUAUUCCCGGAAGCGGAUGCGUCUUCAGCAAGCCCUGGCAGAGCAGCAGCAACAGAAUAACACAGCAGGAAAAUGAAAAGCUGGGACAGACCAGGCUCUUAGGACAUGUAUAUAAUGUAUUGCUAUUGUACAACACAGAAGAUUCUUCUGCCUGCCUUUACUGUGGUAGCACUCAGAACCAUUAAUGUUAUUUUUGGAUGGCAAAUCUUUUGUUGUUAAUAGAUUAUUUUUGUUAAACCAGG